AACACUACUUUCGCCCACGGUUGUCAAAAUAAAUAUCAAUCAGGGUGCUCAGACUCUUCUGGCCAAAAAAUGCCUUUCUCUUUAAGUACAUCGACAGAUAAAAGAAACUAAAGCACUGCCAUACCCAUCUAAUGCAUAUAUGUAUUAUUUGACGGCUAAUAAAAGUCAAAAAGUGUUUAUCCAAACCGAUAGGCGCGUUGAGUUAGAGGCUGGCUGUUUUCUAAAACGUUCAACUGGUCACCCUCAUUGUUUUGGUGUCUGAGGAAUAACAUAGUUUUAGGAGAUUUAGUGACUCUCCCCGAAUUUCAUCGGUCUUAGGAUGGCGGACGGGAAGAUUGAUCAUGAACGCCAUCGGUAUCCUUAUUGCGUGGUGUGGACGCCCUUACCACUGAUCACAUGGUUCCUACCCUUUAUUGGUCAUAUGGGCAUUUGCACUUCAUCUGGCAUUAUUCGGGAUUUCGCCGGUCCAUACCACGUGUCAGAGGAUGAUAUGGCCUUUGGGCAUCCUACCCGAUAUUGGCCGCUAGAUCCCAAUCAGGUUCAAGGUGGAGCGCAGGCGUGGGAUGAAGGCGUGGCGCAUGCUUCGGAUCUCUAUGGCACUCGAAUGCAUAACUUAUGUUGCGAUAAUUGCCACAGCCACGUGGCUACAGCGUUGGAUAUGAUGUCCUACAAAGGUCAAACUGGCUGGAAUAUGGUGGGGCUCGCUUUGAAAAUGUUCCUUUUUGGUCGUUAUGUGGGGUUUGGAGGAUUUUUGAAAACCUGGCUGCCCUUUCUUGCUAUUUGUGCGGUUUUCAUCGUUAUUGCCGUUUUUGUCUGAAUCUAAUUUGAUUUAUUUAUGAAUUUCCAUAUCUGCCGAUAUGUAUUUAUAAAGCCAAAUAAACCGCCAUCCAACACCAAUAA